AUGGGAGCACAUAAGAACAAGAGUAGCGGUGGAAUAGAGCUGUGCUCUGCGCCCAGUACCCAGAGUCUUGGAAUCAACUCCACUUCGCUCCGCAAAAGUCGAACACGAGUAGAAGUAUGUCUUUUGUGCCUGUGUGGAAUACUUUUGUUGAUCUGCGUCAUUCUAGCUACGUUAUUUGCAGUGGAGCUUUCAAUACAGAACGAAGAAGUCCCUAAACCAUCGGAGACUAACAAUAGCGGGACAUCCUCAACACCUCCUCCAAAUCCUACCACUGGAAACUUCAAGCCAAGCGUGUGCAACACAGCAGAAUGUCUUGAGCUUGCAGCACGCUUUAAACGGAACAUGAACGAGUCCAUGGACCCAUGCGAGGACUUUUUCCACUUUGCCUGCGACGGCUGGAUACGGGACAACCCGAUUCCUUCCUCCCAAAACGAGUAUAUUACAUUCAUCAAGAAGAUUCAAGCCAACAAUGAGAAGCUCCGAAAUAUGCUGGAAGAUGUCACCGGAAAACGUGAUGAUCCGGUUAUGAAAGCGAAGAGGUAUUAUCGCUCGUGUAUGAAUGAGAAAGAAGUUGAAAGGACAACCAAACAGCAAAUUUUGGAGCUUAUCGAGAGCCUUGGAUCCUGGGCUUUGGACAAUAAAACGUGGAAUGGGACAGCCUGGAACUGGAAGAGUGCCCUAGUAAAGAUUCAAAAAACAUUUUUGCAUUCCUCUCCUUUGUUUACCAUUGAUGUGCUAACAAACCCUAGACAUUCCACAAAACAUAUUGUAAAGUCGACAGUGCUUCUUCUCCCUGAUUUAAGCUUGAUCCGUGAAGAGUAUCUGGCAAACAACGACAGAGUUAUUGAGAAGAAGAAUGCAUAUCUUGAAUAUAUGACAACAGUAGGUAUGCUUCUUGGAGGACAGAAAUCUACCAUUCUACAGCACAUGUGGGGAAUUCUCAAGUUUGAAGAACAACUUGCUCGGAGUAUGCCUUCUCAGGCGUUCCUUUACGAGAAUACGCACAACACAGUUACAAUAGAAGAACUCCAGAAACUCGCUCCUGGGUUUCAAUGGCUGUCGCAUUUCAACAGCUUGUUCCCUCAGUAUAACAUUACACUAAACUCUUCCGAGAAUAUCAUCGUCCCUGCGCCCGAGUAUCUCCGAAAUAUGUCCGAUGUUGUGCUUGAUGCAGAUAACGUGUAA